UCUCAUUCCCUCUGCACUUUUCUCCCCACCUCCUGUUCUUCAUCAUUUUCUGUCUUUCCCUCCCUCUCUCUGUCUUUCUUCCAUUCUUCCCUCUCUCCUGUUGCCUUUCUGUUCUCUUCUUUUCAAAAUCUCUCUCCUCCCCUCUCUGCUCCUGUACAAGCGUCUCUUUUUUCCCUCUUUUUUUUUACUGCCAACAUUUCUCUUUUCCUUCUGCCAGUUACACUUAUCCAUCCUUCUUUCCAUGCAGCCAUCAACUAACACAAUCACCUCAAUCACCCCGUGUGGAUCGAUUCACCUCUGUCUCGUUUUACCUGAUGCUUCACACCUGCAAUCUCUGCUUGUGACAGUUCACAGCAGUCUCUGCUUGUGACAGCCCCCAACACUCUCUAUUUGCAGUCUCUGCUUGUGACAGCCCCCAACACUCUCUACUUGCAGUCUCUACUGGUGACUGUCCCCCACACUAUCUGCAGUCUCUGCUUGCAUUCUAUUUUUUGACAGUCUCCAAUGCUUUCUACCUGCAGUCUCUUCUUGUCAAUGUCCUCAUCCCUCUCUACACGCAAUUUCUGCUCGUGGCAGUCCCUAACAUUCUGUCUGCAGUCUCUAAUUGUGGUGGUCUAUAAUAUUAUGCUUGCAGCCUCUCAUUGCGAUAGUCCCUUACACUCUCUGCCUGCAGUCUCUCAUUGUGACAGUAAUUAGAUCUCCCUGGCUGAAAUCCCUUUAUUUGAGACAAUCUCUAGCAUUGCCUGAUUGCAGUCUAGCACUCUUUUCCUGCUGUCUCUCCAUGUGACAGUCCAUCUCACUUAGAGCCUGGCAGCCUGCUCUCAGUGACUGACAGUCUCUGCGUGCUGCUGUCCCUAUGUGACACUCUGGCCGCAUGCAGCUCACCUGUGACACUCUCUCAGUGACCGUCUGGGGGCUGUCGGACGAUGAGGCUCUAUCGGUAACAGUAUCUCGGUGACAGUUGCUCCGCAUGCUGCUCCCCCGGUCCGUCUCUCCCUCCGGGUGCACUUUCGCCCGCAGAGAUGCCGUUCCACCCGGUAACGGCGGCGUUGAUGUACCGGGGGGUUUACACCAUCCCCGAACUACUGAGAGAUCAUGCCCCGACUCAGCUCCCCGAAGACGAGAUAGAAGAGAUUCGAGAGGCCUUCAAGGUGUUUGACCGUGAUGGAAAUGGAUUCAUUUCCAAGCAGGAACUUGGCACUGCAAUGAGAUCCCUGGGGUACAUGCCCAACGAAGUGGAACUUGAGGUCAUAAUACAAAGACUCGAUAUGGAUGGAGACGGCCAAGUGGAUUUUGAAGAGUUUGUGACACUAUUAGGACCAAAGAUCACAACUACGGGGAUCCCAGAUAAAUUGCGUGGUGCAGACUUUGACACUGUAUUUUGGAAGUGUGACAUGCAGUCACUGUCAGUUGAAGAACUGAAGAGGUUGCUGUAUGACACAUUCUGCGAGCACCUGUCCAUGCGUGACAUUGAAAAUAUCAUCCUGACCGAGGAGUCUGGAAACCUGGGUACGAGAGGGGAUUGUCCUGUCGAUAUGGAGAGUUCUUCAAACCAACAGAUUCGCCAGACAUGCGUACGGAAGAGUCUGAUAUGCGCCUUUGCAAUUGCUUUCAUCAUCAGCGUAAUGCUAAUAGCAGCUAAUCAGGUCCUGCGCAGUGGCAUGAAGUGAUGGAGGCAGGCAUCCCAAUUAUGUACUUUUUGGAGCAUUUCCCAUGUUCUCUCCCACUUCUCUUCCCUGAUCUCUGGCCUACUCAAGGACUAAUGGACCCAGAGGGACUAAAGCUCUCCACACCAUUACACCAAUGGGAUUCCUUCACCCAGAAUGUGCAUGGGAAGAAUUGCAUGGAAAAUGCAUGGGCAUUUAAAUUGUCAGGUGACCAUCCGUGCUUUUAUAACCUAUAAAACAAAGGAACUCUCUCUAUAUAAUUUAGAUGUAUAUAUGUAUACGGAUAUAUAACUCUAUAUUUAUGAGCAAUAACACUUUUGGUUGAUGAAUGGUUAACACUUCGACCACUGGGCACAGGGUCAGAAUGGAUACUGAGCUCCUGAUUUUAUAUGCUGCCAAGGGAAAGCAUCAUGAGGGUUAAUUAAAUGUGUUCCCCUUCCCAAUGUCACCUGCCUUAACCCCGGAAAUGCUGGAGGGAUUCACGUUAUAUGUAGCUCUUUGCUCUUUUCCUUCCACAUGUCUAUAUGUUUAGGCUUCUGUUUAAAAUGUUAGCAACCUGUCCCAAGGUUGCAACAUUUGGAUUGCUGUGAUUGCUCACUCAUGUCGUUGCUACAAUGCCAGUAUCACCUUGCAAAGCAUUAUGAUGCAGGCCAGUCUAUCAGAAAAAAAGCUUUGUAUUGGCUUUCUUCAAAUCAGGUAUGCUCCUCAUAAAUCUGGUUGGUAGAGUCUGUCUGCAUACAGAACACCACUCACUUAUUCCUUUUAUUUCUCCUGCAUUGUGACAUCUGUUCUUCUAGACCUCUUUGCAUCUUUAUUAUUCCUCAGACCUCCUCUUUUCAUACAUUACCUCUACAAUUGUUUUCAUGAAUUACUUGUAUUUAGUUCUAAGCAGCACUUGUCUUCUGCCCCGAAUGUCUCUUUUGGUUAUAACUUAUGUUUUAAUAACUCUGUCAUUCUGCAUUAACAGUCUGUGUUCUUCUCAUAUUAUUCUCUUCUCUGCAUUUACUCUGUUUCUCUCUAACUUAUCUUCACGCUAUCUCAUCCUGCUCUCCCCAUUUAUUUUGAAUUUAAUUUCUUGCCCUCUUCAUUACUUAAACCAUUUGCAUUUUCAUUAUGUUUUUCAUGGCGUGAUUUUUCCUUUUCUCUGCCCACAUCAUCCAGUAGCCCAUUUCUCUCAUGCUCCAGUUACUGCAACUCCGUCUCACUUUGUGAUAAUUCCUCCUUCUGACUGCCCUGCUCCCAUCCCAUGUUCCACCUUAAUUCCACUGUUACAGCUUCUUGCUGUCCAUUGUAAAACCUAAGACUGUAACUGCUUAGAGAUUUUCAUUUGGGAUCUUCUCUAAUUCCAACCAAAUGUAGAAAAGCAACCAUGCAUGGAAAACUGCUUGUUAAUAGAAAUAAAUGUUAAAAAAAAAGAAAGAAAUCCUCUCCCUGCUCCAAUCCGCACAGAAACAGGCAGUCAGUUAGUAACCCUUUGAAGGUGUGCCAUGUGCGGAGGACCUUUUUAUCCACUAUAGACAACAAAUCCUUGUUUUUCUCCUUUUGUCUCUUAUUAAUUUUUUGGCUCUUACUCUCUCCCAUAUCUCCCUCUCUUUAUGUCUGUAUAUUUUUGUCUUCCAUUUUUUGCCCAAGUCUUUUUAUUUCUUAUGUUUUUUCUUCCCAACGCUCUCCUACUUUUUCCUGUAGUUCUUAUUCUUCAAUUUGUCAGACUCUUCUUCCUUCCACCAAUGCUCUAUAUUAUAUUGUUUUAGGUCUCUUUCUUUAUUUCAUAGAACACAGAAGAAAUAAGGUUCUUAACCCUCUUUCUUUUUCAUGCUAUAGCCUUUUUGCUUCUUCUGGUUUAUCAAAUUUUUCAUAUAUUUCCCAGUAGUGACUUUCACUUUCCCAAUCUAUUUCACUGUUUUGUUUUAUAAUUAUUAUUUUUUUUCUUUAUUUUCUUCUUGCAAUAAAUUGUAUUGUCUGGAUUUC